AUGGCAAACUUGCAAACUAUUCUACUAGUUCUCGCCUCAGCAAUGACUGCAGUCAACGGCCUGGAAGAAGUCGCAGUCUAUCUGGGGCCCGACUGCUCCUUUACUCAAGCUAUAUCUCUCGGUCCAUUCGAGGGUAGCCUCGGCCCAAAUAACUGCCCAAUCUAUCCCCUUGACCAGAUAGAAGGCGGGGAGCAGCCUGAUGGGACGUACCGCCUGUGGUUGUCUCCUCCCGCUUCGUUGUUCGAAGACGGGAACCAGUUGAUUGUUCGCAGCCCUGCAGCCAAUGGCCAAGAUCAAUGCGGUCCGAUCAACACUAUCAUAACAACCGUGGGGUGUCAUGAAAUAAAUACCGCUGCGUAUAUUGUCUUGCAACUGUGUGUGGAUCCGAAAAAAUGUGGUGUCUCUUCCUAA